AUGCGGGUGUCAAUCCUUUCUCUUACGGCCUUCGCUGUGGCCAUUGAGGCCCAGGAGCUAUACCUGACAACAACAGGAUAUGCCGCUCGACCACAAUGUACAAAGCAAAGUGCUCCGAAGUAUCACUUCCAGCCAUUCUCGUACACUUUGAAUGAAACGGUUCGAUACGCGACCUCGGUCCCUUCUCCGACAACCACGAGGACAUAUGCCCCUGGCUACACAGAUAUAGCCAAGCAUUUGACUACUACCUGGUCGACUUCGACAUGGGGCAGUUGGGUUCCAGGACAAACUGUCAUUACUGCCACUGACACUGAUGACCCAUAUGGGCAAGCUGCGUGGUCUUCCAUGUGGUUACAGGCAGACCUCCAUAACUACACUACUACUGGAAUGCUUUCGACGACCGUCAGCCCUACGCCAGUGCCCAGCAGUGAGCUGGUCUUGCCACCGCGGGACUACUUCGGACCUACAGACUGCUACAAUUUCCCCCAAGACUUCGUGUUUGGAGUUGCAGGAAGUGCAGCCCAGAUUGAAGGUGCAGUCGCACUGGAUGGUCGAUCUCCUUCGCUACUGGAAAAAUUGGUACCAGACAGCAAGCCAAAGAACUACGUCACCAAUGAGAACUACUUCUUGUACAAGCAAGAUAUUCAGCGACUGGCUGCCAUGGGCGUGGAAUAUUACAGCUUCACUAUCCCCUGGACCCGCAUUCUGCCCUUUGCUCUACCAGGGACACCGGUUAAUCAACAAGCUAUUGACCAUUAUGAUGAUUUGAUUACUGCAGUUCUGGAUGCGGGAAUGACGCCAGUGGUCACUAUGCUUCACUUUGAUAGCCCAUUGAUGUUCGUCGCCAGCGAAAACAUCACGAGACGUCCUGAUAUUGGCUACAACAAUGCAGGCUAUCAAAAUGAAACUUUUGUUGACGCGUUUGUCAACUAUGGAAAGGUGCUGCUCUCACAUUACGCAGAUCGUGUUCCUAUUUGGGUCACUUUUAAUGAGCCUCUUCUUUAUGCGUUCAAUUUCAAGGGCGUUGACCACGUUGUCAAGGCACAUGCCCAGGUCUAUCGCUUCUACCACGAGGAGUUGAAGGCCAAAGGCAGAAUAGGUAUCAAGUUCAACGAUAACUUCGGAGUGCCGAAAGACCCUAAAAACUCCAGCCAUGUGCUGGCAGCUGAUCGCUUCCAAGAGAUGCAACUUGGUUUCUUCGCCAAUCCAAUCUUCUUGGGCAAGCAGUACCCUGAAUCCGUCUUGAAAACUCUUCCCGGGGCUAAGCCAUUGAACGAUUCCGAGUUAGCCUAUAUCAAAGGAACAUCUGACUUUUUCGGAAUCGACCCAUAUACCGCUACGGUGGUGUCUCCUGCAGAUGAAGGGAUUGAAGCUUGCGCUUCUAACAAUUCAACCUCCAACUCGCUUUUCCCAUAUUGUGUCAACCAAGAGACAAAGAAUGUUUACGGGUGGAACAUUGGUUACCGCUCUCAGUCCUACGUCUAUAUCACACCAACACAUUUCCGAGAGUACCUCUUUUAUCUAUGGAACACUUUCCGCCACCCAAUCCUGGUCUCCGAAUUUGGAUUCCCGGUUUACGCAGAAGCAGACAAGGACUUGUCUGACCAACUAUUUGAUUCCCCCCGCAGCAUCUACUAUCUCUCCUUCAUGUCUGAGAUUCUCAAAUCGAUUUAUGAAGACGGGGUGCAUGUGAUGGGGGCGCUUGCUUGGAGCUUUGUCGACAAUUGGGAGUUCGGGGACUAUAGCCAGCAGUUUGGCAUUCAAGCGGUCAAUCGAACAACACAGGAGCGAUCUUAUAAGAAAAGCUUCUUUGAUCUGGUGGAUUUUGUUAAAUCUCGACAGCCGAAGAAGGCUUAG